AUUUUAAUUUAUUUAAAAAAAAAAAAAAACAACCAGAUUUUAAAGUUAAGUUCAGGUGACAUAGGAUAUCUUUAUAAAGAAUACAAAGGUACUAUUCAGAGGAUUAGUUUUUCAUCUUUGAUAACUUAAUAAUAUUAUCCAAGUACUUAAACAUGUCGCCAAAAGACACCAAAUUGAGACCAGUCGCAGAGCCAGGCUCAACUGCAGAUAUCAAGGAAAGGGUAAAAAUCAGAUCAGAUUUAACAGUUCCAAGUAAAAGACAGAAGACAUGGAACCAAAUGGAGAAACUGUUAGAACAGUGGCAAACGAGAGGAUUGAUUCCAGCAGAUGAUCAACCUGGACCAACGGAAGCCCAUAGAAAAGCUGUAGUUGAACAUGAGAAUGCUGAAUACCUACAACAGGAAAAAGCUUGGAUCAAAGCCGGACAACCCUCUUGGUAUGGACCUGAAAACAUUGCUAUGAACAGAGCUGAAAAAAGAAAAGCUAUGGUUGCAAGUCUGGUAUUCCAUCUGGAAGAUGCCAGCCAAGGAUUGACAAACAGCUUACAUGUGGUAGAACUCAGCAGAAGAAUGGAAGAGAAAACCAAUAGAAGAAUGGAAGAACUCGGCAGAAUAAUGGAAAAGGAACUUGGGAGAAGAAUGGAAGAGCAGCUCAACAGAAGAAUGGAAGCAGAACUCAUCAGAGGAAUGGAAGAGAGACGAAAAGCAGAUGAAGCACAUAAUGACAUUAUUGAAGAGAGACAAAGGGAGGAAGAUAAAUACCAACAACUUCUGGCGGAAAGACGACAAGAAGAUGUAAGAUUUCAGGACAUGAAGGCAGAUAGACAACGGAGAGAAAGGAGAGAACAAGAAGAACGAAGAACUCAAAGAAAAUGCAGAACAAACUACUCUCCUGACUAUUCCGAAGGACAGGGAGAUGAAGAUGACGACGGCGGUACACAGUCUGAAACCAGUAGACACUCCCCAUACCAUGAACAGUCACAGCAACAACGCGGUUUUGCAUCUCCUCCUGAGAAUAAUAGUAUGGACGAAAAUGAGCAACAUUACCCUGGGACAUGCCCCAAAACGAGAAGAACCAAGACCGGUGCACAUACCUCCAUGCCAUUGAUAGCGGCUGGAAGAGGAGGAUUUCAAUACCAAUCAUGGAUUCACAGGGACAUGGAAGCAUUAGUGGCAAAACUACCUCCACUCACGAAAGGAGGUCAGAAGUGGGUGACUGAUCUGGAGAGAUACACAGCCCAAGACCACCUGUGCUUGGGAGAUAUGAGGGCCCUGCUCGGACGGAUUGAAGGACUAUUGGAAGCAAGAGCAGUAGAUUCCGAGGCCAAUUGCACGCACGACCCAGAUGACACUUCAUUCAACUACAUCAGGUCGAAUUAUUGGGCUGCUAUUCGUCACAUCUACCCGACAACACGCAGUUUACAUGCCCUCACCGGCCUGAGGAAAGGCACGGAGGAAAACAUGCAUGCCUUCCUGAAGAGAUGCGAAGGAGUGUGGGAGGACUGUACUGGAGAACGACAUGACGUUUCGCCGGCUGUCACAAUGCUGUGGAAGGACGCUAAGGAUAAAAUAAAUGUUUCAGUUUUUGGUAUGUGA